AUGGCUACCUCACCUCCGCCAGUUCACGACAUGAUGCCUCCCCACGAUGAGCAGUCUUUCGCCCAAGAAGAAGUCGGCCGCUCUCGCUUCUGCGGUUUUCGUGAUUUCUGUGAUAACCUCGAUAACUACAUCACCACUUCGCGUUUCGGUCAUUUCUUUCGCCUCUCCGGUAGCGGUCACCCAGACGAGAUUGCUGGGUCAACCUUUCUUCGAGAAUGCCGGGCUGGCUUGACUACUUUCGCCACUAUGGCAUACAUUAUCGCCGUCAAUGCGGCGCUGCUCCAACAAACUGGUGGAACUUGCGAGUGUGAUCUGGUAGACAGAAAGGCCUGUGACAAAAUUGAGUCUUAUAUGGCUUGCAAAGAAGAUAUACGACGAGACAUCAUUACCGCUACCGCCGCCGUCUCAGGCAUGGCGAGCUUCGCCUUCGGUCUUCUUACUAAUCUCCCUGUUGCUAUCGCUCCUGGUAUGGGUCUCAACGCCUACUUCACCUUUCAAGUCGUCGGGUACAAUGGAAGUGGUCCCAUUUCGUACCGUCUCGCCCUCACAGCUGUCUUUGUCGAAGGUCUCAUCUUCAUUUUUCUUGCUCUCACAGGCAUGCGUCAGUGGCUCGUCAAGCUGAUCCCUGCCACUAUCAAGACUGCCACAGGUGUUGGUAUCGGCUUCUUCCUCACUGAAAUCGGUCUCUCGUACUCUGCUGGAAUCGGUGCGAUUACUGGUGGAGAGGCCACUCCCCUUACUCUAGCGGGUUGUCCUCAGGAGUUGUGGGACGAAAGGGGAGUAUGUCAAGGAGGAGUAAUGACAAGCCCCAAGCUCUGGAUUGCAAUCUUUUGUGGCGGUAUUGUCACGGCCUUUCUGAUGGCGUUCCGCGUCAAGUAUGCCCUCAUUAUCGGCAUCUCGCUUGUCUCUAUCCUCUCUUGGCCUCGCGAUACUCCCUUCACCUUCUUCCCUCAUGACGCAGAUGGAGACCGCCGAUUUGGCUUCUUCAAACAGGUCGUUGUCUGGCAUCCGAUCGAGAGAACUCUCAACGCACUUGACUGGAACUUUGGCGGCUCAGCCUCCCAUUUCGCCCUCGCCUUGUUCACAUUCCUUUAUGUCGACAUUAUCGAUGCUACCGCCACUCUCUACUCCAUGGUUCGUUUCUGCGGUGUCGUCAACCCUCGCGACGGCGACUUUCCCCGUUCAACUCUUGCAUACUGCACUGAUGCUGCUUUCAUCUCUGUCGGCGCCUUGUUGGGAAGUUCUCCUGUUACCGCCUUCAUCGAGAGCGGCGCGGGUAUUGCUGAGGGUGGAAGAACUGGCUUGACUGCCAUGAUGACUGGAAUCUGCUUCAUUGUGUCUGUUUUCUUUGCACCCAUCUUCGCAUCUGUCCCCCCUUGGGCGACUGGUUGUACAUUGAUUCUGGUUGGUUGCAUGAUGAUUCGGCAAAUCACCCAGAUCAACUGGCGAUACAUCGGCGAUGUUCUCCCGUCCUUCGUGGUCAUGACAUUUAUCCCUUUCAGCUACAGCGUAGCUUAUGGCCUGAUCGCUGGUGUUUUCGUUUAUUCCGUUCUCAAUGGCCUUGUUGGCAUUGUCGUCUUUGUCUCUCGCGGCUACAUCGAACCCAGCGAGUACGACCUCAAGGAGUACUGGACCUGGAAAGGCUCUGGUCGUGCACCUUGGUUCAUCCGCGCCAUCCGACACCGCAGAAACCCAGAGGUAGACGACCAACCCACCGAAUCCGAGCAUGCAAUGACUGACCUCACCUAUGCCGAACGCCGUGACCACAGCAGCUCCACUACGGCUGCGUCUGCCGUCAAAGACGAGCCCCCUAUGUCCCCUCCCCCCGAUCGAUGGGUACGCUAA